GUCCGGUCCCCGCUUCGAUGCGCUUCGGAGCCGAGAUGAUGCCGAUGUUUCUCACCGUGUACCUCAGCAACAACGAGCAACACUUCACUGAAGUUCCAGUCACUCCGGGAACACUGUGCAGAGACGUGGUGGAUCUGUGCAAGGAACCUGGGGAAAACGAAUGCCACCUGGCCGAAGUUUGGGGCGGCUCUGAGCGACCUGUGGCCGAUAAUGAACGCAUAUUUGACAUUCUACAGAGAUUUGGAAGCCAGAGAAAUGAUGUUCGUUUCUUUCUUCGUCAUGAGCGGCCCCCAAGCAGGGAUAUAGUUAGUGGACCCCGGUCUCAAGAUCCAAAUCCAAAAAGAAAUGGUGUAAAAGUUCCCGGUGAACAGAGAAGAAAGGAGAAUGGGGUUAAUAACCCUAGGAUGGAUCUGACUCUGUCUGAACUUCAGGAAAUGGCAUCUCGGCAGCAGCAGCAGAUUGAGGCCCAGCAGCAGAUGCUAGCUACUAAGGAACAGCGCUUAAAAUUUUUGAAGCAACAAGAUCAACGUCUCCAGCAACAAGCAGCUGAGCAGGAGAAGCUUAAGAGGCUAAAAGAAAUAGCUGAGAGUCAGGAAGCAAAGCUCAAAAAAGUGAGAGCACUUAAAGGCCACGUCGAGCAGAAGAGGCUGAGCAAUGGGAAACUGGUGGAGGAAAUCGAGCAGAUGAAUAGCUUGUUCCAGCAGAAGCAGAGGGAGCUCGUCCUGGCUGUGUCCAAAGUAGAGGAACUUACCAGGCAGUUGGAGAUGCUCAAGAACGGCAGGAUCGACGGCCACCAUGACAACCAGUCAGCGGUGUCAGAACUCGACCGGCUCUACAAGGAGCUGCAGUUAAGAAACAAAUUGAAUCAAGAGCAGAAUGCUAAACUGCAGCAGCAGAGGGAGUGUCUGAAUAAGCGCAAUUCAGAAGUGGCGGUCAUGGACAAGCGUGUUAAUGAGCUGAGGGACCGUCUGUGGAAGAAGAAGGCAGCCCUGCAACAGAAAGAAAAUCUGCCCGUGUCAUCUGAUGGCCAUCUCCCUCAGCCGGGCCUCGCUGCCCCGAGUCGUGUGGCUGCGGUGGGCCCCUACAUCCAGUCUUCCACCAUGCCUCGGAUACCCUCGCGCCCCGAACUUCUAGUGAAGCCAGCAUUGCCGGAUGGUUCCUUGGCCACGCAGGCCUCCGAGGGACCGAUCAAAGUACAGACGCUGCCCAAUAUGAGGUCUGGGGCCACUUCACAAAAUAAAGGCUCUAAAAUCCAUCCACUUGGCCCUGAUUGGAAUCCUCCAAACACAGAUCUUUUUCCCAACCAAGCCUCUGCUUCUGUCCCUAAAAACUCUGGGACCACGCCUGAUCCAAUUGAUGAUGGGGAGGUUCCGUUGAGGGAAAAAGAGAAGAAAGUGCGCCCCUUUUCCAUGUUUGACACAGUGGACCAAUCUGCAGCCCCCUCCUCCUUUGGUACUUUGAGGAAAAACCAGAGCAGUGAAGAUAUCCUACGGGAUGCACAGGCUGCCAAUAAAAAUGUGGCAAAAGUACCACCUCCUGUGCCAUCAAAACCCAAACAGAUUAAUUUGCCUUAUUUUGGACAGACAACUCCGUCACCAGCAGACGUUAAGGCGGACGGAAAUCUGCAGCAGUUGUCGGCAGCUGUUGUUUCUGUGGGAAGCAAACCCAAAACUGUGGGCCAGCCACAGCGCGUUGUGCUGUCCCCUGGGGCACCUUCAGCUGGCCAAGAUCAGACCCUUUCUUCAGUUGCUAAGCAAGAAAGCCCACCUGCUGCUGCAGUCCGACCUUUCACCCCACAGCCUACCAAAGACGCCCCUCUUCCACCUUUUCGAAAACCCCAGACAGUUGCUGCCAGCUCAAUCUACUCCAUGUACACACAGCAACAGGCCCCCGGCAAGAACUUCCAGCAGGCUGUGCAGAGUGCCUUGACCAAGACACAUUCCAGGGGCCCGAACUUCUCCAGCAUCUAUGGCAAGCCUGUGAUUGCAGCUGCCCAGAAUCCUUCUCAGCACCCGGAGAACAUUUAUUCCAAUAACCAGAGCAAGCCCGGCAGCCCCGAGCCAGACACGGAGCCCGUUUCUUCACUCCAGGAGAGCCAGGAAAAUGAAAGGAUUCCUCGGCCUCUCAGCCCAACCAAAUUGCUGCCUUUCUUAUCUAAUCCUUACCGAAACCAGAGUGAUGCCGACUUAGAAGCCCUCCGAAAGAAGCUGUCGAACGCACCAAGGCCUCUGAAAAAGCGCAGUUCCAUUACAGAGCCCGAGGGGCCGAAUGGACCAAAUAUUCAGAAACUUCUGUACCAGCGGACAACCAUCGCUGCCAUGGAGACCAUCUCCACUCCCUCCUACCCUUCCAAGUCGACUACAGUGACUGUCAGCCCAGAAAGCCCCUUGGAAAUCCAGAAUCCCUAUCUGCAUGUGGAACCAGAAAAGGAGGCAGUCUCCUCGGUUCCUGAGCCUGUGUCCCCACAGGAAGCAGGGGGUGUCUCGACAGAGCACAGCGGCAUGCCAGCUCCUACUCCGGGUCUUGAGUUUGUACCUGAAGGAGUCCCUGACAGCAGCCCCAACUUCCAGAAUAAUGUAGAAGAACCAAACUCAGAGGCCCCCAAUCUGCUGGAAGUCUACCUGGAGGAGUACCCCCCCUACCCACCACCCCCAUACCCUUCUGGGGAACCUGAGGGACCCGGAGAAGACUCUGGGAGCAUGUGUCCACCUGAGGUCACCGGGCAGGCCCCUCUUCCUCCCGGCAAAAGGACAAACUUACGGAAAAUUGGCUCAGAGCGGAUUGCUCACGGAAUGAGGGUGAAGUUCAACCCGCUGGCUUUACUUCUAGAUUCCUCUUUGGAGGGAGAAUUUGACCUUGUACAGAGAAUUAUUUAUGAGGUUGAUGACCCGAGCCUGCCUAAUGAUGAAGGCAUCACAGCACUUCACAAUGCUGUGUGUGCCGGCCACACAGAGAUUGUGAAGUUCCUGGUGCAGUUUGGUGUGAAUGUAAAUGCUGCUGAUAGUGAUGGAUGGACCCCAUUGCACUGUGCAGCUUCCUGCAACAACGUCCAGGUGUGUAAGUUCCUGGUGGAGUCGGGCGCUGCUGUGUUCGCCAUGACCUGCAGCGACAUGCAGACCGCAGCUGACAAGUGCGAGGAGAUGGAGGAAGGCUACACCCAAUGCUCCCAGUUCCUCUAUGGCGUUCAGGAGAAGAUGGGGAUCAUGAACAGAGGAGUCAUUUAUGCGCUCUGGGAUUAUGAGCCUCAGAAUGACGACGAGCUGCCCAUGAAGGAGGGGGACUGCAUGACGAUCAUCCGAAGGGAGGAUGAAGAUGAAAUCGAGUGGUGGUGGGCACGGCUCAAUGACAAGGAGGGCUAUGUCCCCCGCAACUUGCUGGGGCUAUAUCCAAGAAUUAAACCAAGACAGAGGAGCUUGGCCUGAGACAGCCUUGGAAUUGAGUCAAUGAACAAUGAAUGAAUCUCUGUUAUCACUAAAGAAAUACUCUGGUUGUCCCUGGCACACAUUUUAUGAGAUUGGGUGACAUCAUUCUUUGGAAGCAUGAAGAAUAUGCUCUGGAAGCAAAUGAAGGUUGGGAGGAUUUGAUAUUCAUGGAGAACAUUAAGCAUGAUGACGUAGAGCUCCUGAGUCUGUUAGUCUACCCUACAUCAAGAUGAAAGUGGCACUGGGAAAGACAGACAGGAAAUCUAGUUCUCUGCCAGAAGUAGAACCAUGUUCUGAGCAACUGGAAAACGAGUUGGAUGUCCUACCCCUCUGGUGCUUCUUGGCUCUUGAAUCUGCUCCCAACAUCCCCCACAAGGACCACCCAAUCAGUGCCCCCUUCUGGGGACACAUGUGAAGGCUGGAAGCUUCUGAACGCUGUGUGUUGUCAGGGAAGAGUUGUUAGUUGGUUAUCAAUGCACAAUAACUUUCUUACAUGACUUCUUGUAGCUGCUUAAGAUUUAUAAAGAUAUUUGAAAGUCGAAUCUAAUCUACAAUAUAGGUGAUGUGAUUUAGAAUCUCAUUUUUAGGCUGAAUUUGAAUCUAUAUUUAUUAUCUUUUUGUAUCUUGGAAAUUACAGACUUGCGAUAAACCUCCCCAUGUUAUUUGUCAUGAUCCUAGCUGACUUUGAAAACAGUUGUAAUAAAGCGAAACUUUUGGACUCAAA